GUGCCUCAGUCCCAGAGUUACUCAGUGCGGAUCCAAAGUGUCAUAGUGUGAUGUGUAUAAAGUGUAGAGUGUCUUGAGUGCAGAUGUGUAACAGUGCGAUCAACCAAGCAUGUCACUGGAAUCAGUGAAUGACAGGACCCUUCAUAUGAAUAUUUAUCUUACUGCCAGCUCUCCCCUGCUCUGUGGCCAAUGAGUUAGCUCAUGGUACUGCUGCUUGGAAACAACGACAAACUUUAAAUGAGGAAGAAUAAAUAAAGGAACAACAGAGCAGUACAGACGACGCUGACUCAUGUCUCUGACACGGGUCAGUUUAAGGAGGGAGCUCAUAACUGGACAUAGAGCUGCUCUGAUCUGUGUCCUUUAUUCUCUCCUUCAGAACCAACAACCAUCACAGCUGAACCUGGACAGACUGUCUCUCUGCAAUGUCAAGCUCCAGACAAUGGACCUGUCGAAGCUGUAGACUGGAACAGAACUCACCUGAAGCCAAACGAUCGUGUCUUAUUGUGUCGGAAUGGGAAGUGUAAUGCAGACUAUCAGGAUUCAUCCUUCAUGGGCCGAGUGUUUCUGCAGGACGGAUGGAAGGAGAACGGAGACGUGUCUCUGAUUCUGAACAAUGUGACGACUGAUGACAGUGGAACGUAUGAGUGUCAUGUGGAGACAAAAACAAACAGAAAAACAACCUCAAUCAUCCUCAACAUUGUUCCACCAGGAAAGAAAGAGGAUGAAGGAGACAAGGAUGGAGGAGACAAGAGCGGAUCCUGGGGACUGAAAGUUGAUCUGUCAGUUGGAGUUCUUGCUCUUUUUGCUCUUGUUGUUCUUGGUUUGGUGAUGAUCUACAGAUGUAGACGGCGUCAGGCUCCUGCUCCUGCUCCUGUUCCUGUUCCUGCUCCUGCUCCUGCUCCUGCUCCUGCUCCUGUUCCUGCUCCUGCGACUGUUGCCGCCCGGGGAGUGAGGCUGAGCGAACACUUCAAUCACAACAGCCCACGUAAUAUGUGGAAAGACAUCAGGACCAUCACGGACUACAAGCGCAUCGACCAGCAGGCCAACCAUGACCCCACCUUUAACAACCUGACACCCUAA